UGGACAAUUGAUGCCUUUAAAGCUAUAAUCACAGACCCGAAGUUUAAAACCAGUUUAUCGACCCUGAUGAAACUUCAAUGGGAAACUAUACGAAAAGUCCGGCGUCCUUCAAAUGGAAUUCAUCACACAACUUUGGGAGGAAAGAUUCCUCGAAGACAAAGAAGCACUCUACAUUGUCUUGGAAACUCUUAGUCUCGUAGCGAAACCAACUUCAGAUGAUCCAAACGUCGAGGUUGAUUACUUCAUAGUUCCAAGUAUGCUACAGACAGCGAAUCCCGAGGUGAUUCAUCAUGUACUUGAUGAUCCUGAUACAGUCACAACUUCAACACUUUGUCUGAAAUUCAACAAUCCAUUCAUCCCACAGGCAGUGUGGGACAAGAUGAUUGCCUCCUGCAUCCACAGAUUCCAGCGAUUAGAUGAAUAUGACCAAGGUUGUUUUAAAUCAAUUUACCGCGGCUUCGCUUGCCUGACCGUGGAUUGCCUGUGGAACAUGAUAAUCAACUGCAGGGACAAUGCCAUGAAGAUCACGAUGUUCAGGAAGGAUACGGACAAAUCAUCAACAACAGGAGCUGGGGUAAACUUACUCUACAUUCUCGAAUUUCUCCUCCGACAUAUUCUCGAGUCGAAUCACCAAAGUCAUCUAGGAUUUCAAUUUUACCUCCACAGCGACUUCAGGUUCACAUCCGGUGACAAGAUGGUAAAAGUGGAUGACCUCCGACAGAAGCUACGCCUUCAAAGCUUCAGUUCGAAUGGGAACAGAUGGCUUGAUAUGGACGAUCUUCACGUCUGGUUCAAAGACCCAGACAAAAAGGCAGAGCAAACUGGAACGCGUCAGACGAACAGUGCGAAUGCUGUAUCCGAUAGAAACCUCUCCUUCAAAGAAAUCGGAAGAGUUUCUGGAUACAUCGGCAAGUCCUACCAGAUGUUCCUCGUGGAACUAAACUGUCGUAUGGAGACACUUGAACAGGGGAUGGAAGAGAACCGACACCUUGCCUUUAGAUCCCGCAUCACAAAGGUUUUAAUCAAACUUCAAAAAAUGAAGCGAGACAUUACAGUAUCUUCUGUAGCUGAUGCAAUGUCACUGCAUGGGAUGGAUCCCUCGACGAUUCCCACAAUUUUCGACUGCAACAGGGCUACCGUGUUCAAAGAUGGAUCCUUGCCGGAGGGCUGGGUACAAACACGCCUCUCUGUAAAGUGAUGCCGCAGUCAUUGCCGAAUAUGUAGACAUCAAGCAAUACUUCAAUCUUUUCCUUGAGCUCGGAUUCACCCCUGAAAAGAUAGACGACUUUGACGACGAUUACAUUUAACAAGAAAAGCCGAGUAAAAGUCGAAGCCAUGUUAGAAGCAUUCAUCAACGAUAAUAAGCCUCGCCCCACUGUAAACGUCAUUUUGUUGGCGAUGCAGGAAUACGAAAUGGACACCAGCGCCCUCAUCACUGUUUUACUACCUGUAUAGAUUGCCACCAUGUCCUGAAAUGGAUACAUUUGUCUACAGCAAUGGACAUGUGCCUAGCUACGCUAGAGGUUCUGCUUCAACAAACUUUGCUGGAAGUUCACAAACAUAGCCUCAAUGCUGACGCUUAAACUGAAAGAGCUCCUAUGUUGUGACAAAAAUAAAAUGUUAAUAGUGACAAAGUAGCUGGACAUAUACUUUCAAUGUUAUCGGGAUUCGGAAAUGUAAAUAGUUAUAACCCAACUGGACUUUUUCUUUGGUUAUGAGAAUGGUGACAUGUAAAUAGCAACCGUAUGACUGAGAUAUGUGUUAUGAUAUCAGUAUGAGAAAUGCAAAUAGCAUUAAUGUGACUUAAAUAUG